AGAAGUAACACAACCACGGCAGACGCAUAAACAAGUAGCAGUUGAUUGUCAACACAGUACCCAGUAGGUGUCUUAACUUUACUUGAAGAACACACUAACCGAAAGAGUUGCGGCGUUGCGCUCAGCCGAUAUCUUAUUAAUUGUGACUUGUGAGGGAAGUCAAUUUGCCUGUUUAAUUCCCGUAACUGACAAUUGUGAGCCGCAUCGUGCUGCAGCGGCAUCAUGUCGGCGCGGGGAUACGCUUCGGCUGGUCGCAGCGGAAGUGGCAGCAGUAGCGCGAGCGCCAGCGCCAUCACCGCCGACCACCGGCGCUACAAAGCCUUCUGGUUCUACAAGAACGUCCUCGAUGUGGACGGGAACGGAUACACCAACGAGGACGACUUUGUUCGCAUUGCGCUGAAUCACGCGGUGUUUUUCUGCAAAGGUGCCUACUUCAAGGACAUCUACGAGAACUACAUCGAGACCUUCCAGAAUAUCUGGCGCCAGCUGUCCAGCGAGGCCGACACUAACCAGGACGGGAUCGUGUGUUUCGAGGAGUGGUACGCGUACCUGCAGCGGCUGCAGCAGACGGGCAUGCGCUCCUUCGAGGAGCUGCCGGGCUACCUGCGCGAGUUCAUCGAGCACCACUUCAACGCCUACGACAUGAACCGAGACGGACAGGUGGACGUGAACGAGUACCGGCUGUACCUGUGCGGCCGCAACAUGGACCUCAAGAUGGCCGGCGCCUGCUUCGACGCCCUGCUGGCGGGCGGCGACCGUGCCAAGGGCACGAUCAACAAGCGGCAGUUCUGCGCGCUCAUGUUCGACUUCUUGUUCUCCCUGAGCCCCGACAGCCAGGGCACCUUCCUGUGCGGGCCCCUGCACUCCGUCAAGCACACCGCCAUCCACGUCUACGCCCAACUGGCCCUCGCCUAACCUCCUCUGCAGAUCCUUCUGCGCCGGUCGACGCAUAUCUUAUUAGUGUACAUAAGUACAUUGUACAUCUACAUGUACGCUGCUGCCAACGAGUAUUGCCGCUUGAUUGCCAGAGGAACGUCUGCACGAUUGAACUGCUUUGUAACUGUUGAUAACUGUACAGUGCUACUUAUACAAAUUUAUGACGUACUUCAACCUUGUCACAUACGCGCAACUGCACGGAAACACAUUUCAACUGUGCACUUUAUUCCCAGUAAUGUAAGCAUGCAAUACUUAUUUGUGUCUGAAGGACAAUUUAACCACUUAAUUUAAAUACGUAACUAUCUCGUCUGUUUGCAUACUACAUAACACAUAGGUA